AUGGCACCAGUUAGGCGUGAGAUUACGAACCAGACACUCGAACAAGUAGGCGGCAUUCCAAAAAUGCAGGAGCGAACAGGCAAAAAGUCCUUCCAUGGAUUUCAGAGGGUGAGUUUGCAAAUAUCUUCAUGUCAUUCGGAUUUCACGCUUAGCUUUACUAUAGCGGAGAAAUGCAAUGCAUUUGCUAAAGCAGCGUUUCAUCUGUGGUCACCUCACCUGUUGGAGGUUAGUGCUUUUUUGCUAAUUGACAGCUGA